UUGUAUUUGAUCGUCCUAUGCCGACAUAUGCCCAAAGGUAUGAUUCGAAAGAAUUCGAAAAAGAAAAUGAAUUUCCGUCCGAAGCCGGCUCGUCAGGAGCUGCAACAUUUUCCGAUACAUCUUCGACAUCUUUUGAUACUUCUCAGACGAAGUCAACGGCUGGAAAAUCUUUUAACAAACCGAAGGCUACAAAGUUAUCGGGUAAAGAAAGAAAUAACAAAGAUGACAAUAAUAAAGGUGCAGAUGUCAAGAAUUGGAGCAAAAAUGAAGUUUUACUUCUUAUUGAGAUUUAUAAAGAAUACCAGCUUGAAUUUCUGGAUGCAAAUAUCACCAAUGGCGAUGUUUGGGUCAAAAUUGCGACGAAAAUCAACGAAACCCUUAAUCAGCAGGGUUUGCCGCCUAUUCCUGCGGAAAAAUGUAAAACUAAAUGGGAGACGCUUAAACGUCGUUAUAAAAGUUUAAAAGAUAGCCAGAAAACAUCUGGGAAUGCACCGAUGACAUGGCCUUUCUACGAUGAAAUGGAAGAAGUAUUUGGCGAGCAGCCGUGGGUAAAACCUCUGUCUACUGCUGGAUCAAAUACUACCAACAAAAUGGAUCCUGACGUUAUCAGCCCACCACGAAAGCGUCAAAAAACUUUAACUAACUACUGUGAAGAAUUACUUGCAGCUAAAAAGGAAAAUAGUGAAAUUCGCCAACAACAUCAUCGUGAGAAAAUUGCAUCAAUAGCUCAAUUAUCUGGUGCUCUUAAUAAGCUUGUGGAUCAUCUAACAAAAAGACAUGGAGAUUCGUGAUUUUCAGAUGAACGGCGUUUUUUUUUGUUUAUUAAACAUGCUUGAGAGAACGUCAAAGACUGAACUUACUUUUUACGUACAAAAAAUAUAUUCUUUUACAUUUUAUUAUUUACAAAAAAGUUAAGUAUCUUUAAGAAAAAUAUUAGCUAUAAAAAUUUGAAGUAUUCAUAUUUUAAAUGUAGUUGUCUUUAUUUUAUUGUUUUUUAUU